AUGGAUGCACUUAUUGCAGAACUUCAGCGAACUGUGAGGAAGCAUCCCCAAAUAGUUUCAGUUGAUACUGAACCUCCAUCUGGAAACCCUAUUCAAAAUGUAUCUACUCCGAUUGAGCCUAGUCCUAUGGCUCAAAACAUUGAAAUCCCGUUACCUGAGUCCACUUCUAUGGAUCAGGAUUUUGAAAUACCUAUUGUUGAACAAGAAGUUUACCUUCAGAAAGGGCUUAAGCUUCUAGAAGCACCUUUGAAGCCCCCGAGCUAG